AUGGCUGCGACUAUAGCAAGACUGCACACAAUGACAGACAAAUAUUAUCGACUAGUUACCAUUUUGGUAAAUAUAUGUCCUGGCCCUCUACGGGAAUUGUUUCUGAAACAGGCAGCCGGAGACCCUAAUCUCAAGACACCAUACACUACAUUAGAUGCUUAUUUAGCGUUCAGGAGAAAAGAUAUCAAUAGAGUUACCCAAAAACCGAAAUGUGUUAUACGAAAGGAUCAAUUUGAUUUGUUAUUUCCAUCUGCUGGGCAAGGUCAAACAGAUAUCGGCGCAUGGGAUGUGACAUUAUUAACAGCUCUGUUGAAAAACAUUUUUAGCUUAGCCCAAAAUGAUCUUGUGUGUAUCGAAAAAAUCAGGACAAUCAGAAAUGAGCUCCAACAUAUCGCAGGUACGUGUAAAAUAACAGAACAUGAUUUUAAGAAUAUAUACACAAACCUUAGUGUGAACAUUGUAAACUUAGCAUUAUCUGUUAAGGGUCAAGUCUAUGCAGACAAGAUUGAACAAGAUAUUAAAGAGGUAGAAAGUUCUAUAUUAACAGAUCUAGGAGAUGUGCUAAGGUCGUGGUACAUGAGCAAAAUCGUUAAGUUGGAAACAAAAAUAGAAAACCUUAAGGUAAAGAUAGAUGAAAUAAAACAAGAUACAGGCAAAACCAUGAAGACACUGAAUAAAACCACUGUCAAGCGAACACGAGCCGGAGGUAAAAGUUUGAAACGCUUCAAAACUGUUGAUCAUAUACUUGAAAAAAUGAGAGAAAACUUUGCGUCGUUGCUGAGGAAGAAACUUAACAGUGAUUUUACACCUCCACCAGAAACUGCGAGAAUCAUUAAAGAAAUCGAAGAUAAUCACCUAGUGGUCGUGUCAGGAUACGGCAAAGGUCUAUAUCUACAAGCGGCACUCUCUGCUAUUGAUAACCAGGAUUAUGAAGCGGGAGAAAGCAUCCUAUGUUCAAGUCCCACUGACUGGCGCCACAUCGGUAAUGAAGAUGCCGAGUUAGUUGUAUUCCUUCACCCAUUUGGCGAAGGUACAUUUGAUUUACAGAAGGCAAAAGACUUUCGUUCAAUUGCGGACAAUAUUGUAGAGACAACUGACUCCAGGGACAAUGAUGAUGUGCUAGAUGUUGUCAUAAUAAUGGACCAAUCAAUUUUAGAAGAAUGGAAACGUCAUUUUAGACAUGAUAUGAUGAAACAACCAAUCGUUGUCUACAAACCAACCACUGAAGACUCACCUGUGGACCUUAUUGAAGUAGAAAGCAGUAUGUCACAGGUUGAAGCAGAUCCACACUACAAAAACUUACUUGUUCAAUCAAUUGCCUACAAUAAACAUCAUAGAGCAAAGAUGGCAGAUAAACACUUUUUGGAAAACGCAUUGGAAGAAUUCCGCUCCAAGAAGGUAAUCGUCAUUUCCGGUCCACGUGGCAGUGGAAAAACGACGCUUGCUCUCUCCCUACUGUCGUCAUAUCAAGAUGGUCAUUAUCUCAUACUAACAGAACCGGGUGAUCUCAGUUGUAUUAGAUUCGGUGUCACCUGUGUUGUGAUCAUCGAAGAUCUUGGAGGAAAGUACAUGUUCGAAAUGUCCGUUAUUCAAAAGUGGUUGCGGAAGUUUGAUAUGCUCUACUCGGCAGUCAAAGAUGGCAAACUAAACGUGAUUAUCACAUGUCUAAAAGACCGGUUGAGUUCAUGCGUUCACGAUUCGAAGCACCCAAUGCUGGAAACUGUCAUUGAAUUACCGAAAGAUUGUUUUGUUGAAAUCAAGACAGAGUCAUCGACAGAUGGUAAUUCUGUAGUGUAUGCUGGAAAAAGUCCGAACACAUCAUCCUAUAACAGAGUAAAGAUGAUCCAAACGCAUACAAUUAAAACUCCUGAAAAUGUGGAAAUUUACGAGAUGGAAGAAUGUUGUCAACAUCCAGAUGGGUCAUUUCUCUAUUCAGCCAAAAUACAAGUAUCAUCAGUUAAUGAUAAUAAAGAUGAUUCCAUCUAUACAUCUCAGAGAUAUAAAACUGUUAUUAUUCAUAUCAGUUCAGACUUUGAAUACCAAUGUUACUACAAUACGGAUAUAAAAGAAGACUGGUAUACUACAAAACAUAUCUGCUGUACUGAUACUGGGGAUGUGGUGAUGUCUGUGAAAAGAGAAUUAAGAUUGUAUAGAAUAUCAAGCGGAAGUCUUCAAUUCAUCAAAUCUAUAGAUGUGGGGUUUGAGUGCACAAAUAUUUCCUUCUUCAAGAAUAAGAUUAACUGUUUUACUUAUGGGGCAUCAUUAAUUUUAGAUACAAAUCUAAAUAUAAAGAGAAGAGUAGAACUCAUGGAAAUUGCUGCCGACAAUAUUUUACCAUGUUCAUUACAAAAGUACAUCAGUACUUGGGAUUCUGAUUUUGGCAAUAAUUGUAUCAUAUGUCAGGAUCCCAGACUUAAGCAACUUAAAUAUUUAAGAAAUGAAGGAUUUCUACCUGAGUGUAUAUGUGCUGCUACUGAGGACAGUGUAUUCGUAUUUGGAAAACAGGCUGGGGACUUCAAGAUUUUACAGGUGAACACUGACUUGAUGGUGCUCUCAGAAAUAUGUAAAAACAAUGAAGAGAUUUUCCAGUUUCAACAAAUGUAUGAAUAUAAAAUGGUGUUUGACAAAGAUAAUUCCAGAUUAAUCAUAUUCUCAACAGCUACCGGGAACGCAUUAUUUCGUACAAUUUACUUAGAGUAAACGGAUAAUAUGUAAUUGUAACAUGUAUAUUUCUGUUCCCAAACAUAGACAGUCUAUGCAGUUUCACUGUACUCACCUGCUUCAUUCAUAUUCAUUAACAAAAAGAUGAUAUUAAUUUCCUCAAAUUUUAUAGAUUAAUAAAAUGUCUCCGUUUUCAAACACGCUAUAGGAAAAACUGUUAAAUAAAAAAUAUUUUAUGAUUUCUUUUCAAAUUAAUAGAACGUCAGUUUAACUCGACAAGCCAAUUGUGUGUAAAACUGGAUUAAGCAUAUUAUAGGCUGUCAAACCAAAUUGAUACAUUUUAUGUUUAAUUAGAUAUAAUAAUAAACACUUCUAGCUUAUGUUAACCCUUGAGUCAGUGUCUCUGUGCACGUUUUCACUUUGUUUAUUUUUAAAGAGCAUGCAAUUAUAAAAAUAUUAACUUAUUUUUUUUAAUUACUUUUUGUUUGUUUUAGAUAAAUAUAUAUGGUUAACAUAAGUUAUAAUCCAGAAACAUAUAUUUUCUUCUAGUUCCUUAAUAAUAUGGUUGUAAUUUGUGUCAGUUGUCGUUACAGACAGGUCAGUCAUAAAUGAUCAUAUUAUACCUGAAUGUUUGUAUUUAAGGAACUCCACUUAGGUCUAAAACAUCAGACUUUAAUUUCUUACAUUGGUCAAAAGAGAUAUGUAAAAGAAAUUCAGAAAAUAUACUCUGAAAUUAAUUGAAAAUUAUAGCUCGAUUUGAGUGAAAGACGUUGCAGUAUUGAUGUAUACAUUGAUGUAUACGGUCAUUUUUUCAUAAUAUUCAAUUAGAAUAAUUAUCCUAGAAAAUGAUCUGAAGUUAACACAUUCAAAAUUUAUUGAUCUACACAUAGCAAAUGGAAUAUUAAUCUCUAAAGAUUAUUUCUAGUCCCGUUAUGUCAAAAAAGCCUCAGUGAAGUCCCUUUAAUGCAGACAAUUUUUAUAUUGUUCAUAUUCUAUGUAUACAUGUCAAUUUGGAUUUUCAUAAUUUCAUAUUUAGCUUAUAUUUCAUGUUCCAUAUUGUAUAUUACUUAGUAAUUGAUAAUAUUACUUGUCGUAAUAAAUGAAAUUAAGUCUACCUGUU